AUGGCGUUCACCGGGGACGGUAGGUGGCGUUCAGUGGUCUCUGGUGACUGCUGCUCCACGUCAGAGAACAGCGUCACAGCGUUCCACGUGGAGCCCAGAAACAUCGUAGACGAUGAUCCUCAGGAACGAGUUUCUGCUGAAGCCGCCAUCUUAAACAGCAGAGUUCAUUAUUACAGUCGACUGACGGGCUCUCUGAAGGUUGCUGAGUCCUCCAAACCAUGUGAUCCCACCCCCGAGGAGAUCUACGUUCUACAGCCCGCUGGGAACGGCGUUCAAGUGACGGGCAGCGAUGGCUUGUCCAAAAACCCAGCAUCAUCACAUUAUGUUCUUUGUUUUCUCAGAUUUGCGAUCUGGAACACGAUGAUGGGCACGUCGAUCCUCAGCAUCCCGUGGGGAAUCAAACAGGCCGGCUUCACGCUUGGCGUCCUCCUCCUCGUCUUCACCGGUCUGCUCAUGCUCUACUGCUGCUACUCAUGUUUUUAUAUCUCUGCUCUAUCUGAAGCGUAUGUGGACACAUCGGAGUGGGAGUUCCCCGAUGUCUGCAGGUAUUAUUUUGGAAAGUUCGGUCAGUGGUCCAGUCUGCUCUUCUCCAUGGUGUCUCUGAUCGGAGCCAUGGUGGUCUACUGGGUCCUCAUGUCCAACUUCCUCUACAACACGGGACAGUUCAUCUACAAUUACGCUCACGACGUCAAUGUUUCAGACUCAGAGUUUGGGACCAAUGGCUCGGACAGAGUGAUCUGUCCCUAUCCAAACACGGACCCCGGGGGGAACCUGACCUUCAGCACCUUCUUCAUCAGUGGGAAUGAAACUGACGGGAACUCUUUUGAACAGUGGUGGAGUAAAACCACACCAUCCCUCUGUUGUGCUCAUAGAAUCUACUGUUGCUGUCUUCCAGGUACCAUCUCAGUGGUCUACCUGAUCACACUGGUCACCAUCAAAGCUGUCCGCCUUGGCUUCCACCUGGAGUUCCACUGGUUCCUUCCCACACAGUUCUAUGUUCCAGAGCUCAGACUUCUCUUCCCUCAGCUGACAGGAGUCCUCACGCUGGCCUUCUUCAUCCACAACUGCAUCAUCACACUGAUGAAGAGCAACAGGAACCAAGAGAACAACGUGCGGGACCUGUCAGUGGCAUACCUCCUGGUAGGAGUGACGUAUCUGUAUGUGGGAGUGUUGAUCUUUGCUGCCUUCCCCUCUCCUCCUCUCUCCAAAGACUGCAUUGAACCAAACUUCCUGGAUAACUUCCCCAGUGAUGAUGUGAUGGUGUUUGUGGCUCGGGGCUUCCUGCUGUUCCAGAUGAUUACGGUUUACCCCCUGCUGGGCUACCUGGUCCGGGUCCAGAUGAUGGGCCAGAUAUUUGGAAACCAUUACCCCAGUUUCUUUCAUGUUCUGGCUUUGAACAUUUUAAUCGUUGGAUCUGGAGUCCUGGUGGCAAGAUUUUAUCCAAACAUCGGAUCCAUCAUCAGGUUCUCUGGAGCGACCUGUGGUCUGGCUCUGGUUUUUGUCUUUCCAGCUUUAGUCCACAUGAUUUCUCUGAGACGUCAGGGGUUGCUCCGCUGGCCGUCAGCUGUCUUCCACAGUCUCCUGAUUGUUCUGGGUGUGGCCAACCUGCUGGCUCAGUUCUUCAUGUAGAACGUAAAGACACUUUUCACUGUCGGAAAAUCAACAGGAUGAAAGUUGGACUCAGGGUCUGAUCUCCUGCGGUAGAGAAGAUGAACUCUCUGUGAGAUUAGAACAGAAGAUGUGAAUGUUUCCCGUCAGUCUGUUGGCUUUGUGUUUGUUGUUCAGUCAGACUCUAACAACCAGGAGAGACGUUUGAUCAUCAUGUUGAAAUAAUUACAGCGAAUCACAUGACAUAGAUCAGCUGAUGGGAUAACUGUCUGCUGCCCCCUGCUGGAGUUGUUUUGUGUUACAGCUGAUUUUAUUCUUCUAUAAAGGGAAUCAUGUGUUGGUGAUGAGACGUUUUAUAUGUUAUAUUUUAAUUUUUAUGUUCACAUGAUACCUCUUUUCUAGAAACUGUGUUUAAAGUAUUUUACUAAUGAUAGGAACGACAAAGGGAAUUUAUUUAGAGUGUAAAUAAACUGUUUUCGUCCAUGACAACUUUUUUUUUUUUUUGCUUUUAAGAAAACACUUUUAAUCAAAGAAAAAGUCAGACUAAUAAAAAUGAUUAUCCAAACUGUCA